GGCCGGGAGGGAGCGCAGCGCAGCGCAGCGGGAGCGGAGCAGCGCGCCGAGCCUGCCAUGGGCAAAUCAGCCUCCAAGCAGUUUAACGACGAGGUCCUGAAGGCCCACAAUGAGUACCGGAAGCAGCAUGGUGUCCCCCCACUGAAGCUCUGCAAGAAGCUCAACCGGGAGGCUCAGCAGUAUUCAGAGGCCCUGGCCAGCACGAGGAUCCUCAAGCACAGCCCAGAGUCCAGUCGUGGCCAGUGUGGAGAGAACUUGGCAUGGGCAUCCUACGAUCAGACAGGAAAGGAGGUGGCUGAUAGAUGGUACAGUGAGAUCAAGAACUACAACUUUCAGCAGCCUGGCUUCACCUCUGGGACAGGACACUUCACAGCCAUGGUAUGGAAGAAUACAAAGAAGAUGGGAGUGGGGAAGGCGUCUGCAAGUGACGGGUCCUCUUUUGUGGUGGCCAGAUACUUCCCAGCAGGAAAUGUCGUCAACCAAGGCUUCUUUGAGGAAAAUGUCCUGCCUCCAAAGAAGUAAUUUGUCCAGUGGAAUGGGAAGGUGGCAGACUUAAGAACUUGGAUAUGAAGUGCCUAGAACAACAAAACUCAGCUGUGUGUCUGUCCCUGUGGGUGUGUGUGCUGUGUGUGUGAUGCUGAGUCUCUUGCACACGCACUUGGUUAGACAGUUGUGCAUGAAAUCAUUCUCAUCAAAGAAAUGAGCAUACAAAGCCUUUAUCUUGAUGAUUCCCUGGGCUGCAAUUAUUUGGACUUUGAGGGGAAAAACUCAAUUUUUAAACUUUAAAAAAAUUUUUUAAAGCAAACUUUUUUUGUACCUUCUUACUUAUAUCCAUCCCUAAUCCCUGGACUUUCUGUAUUCCAACUGUUUGUGAUGCUGAGAAAGUGAAGUUCAUCUUAUGGGACCUUCAUGCAUUGUAAUCUACUUUUGGUAGAUAUUUAAGAAUAUUAAACCCUCAUUUCAAUGUGACAAAAAUACAGCUUUAAACAUGUAAAUACAAAGCGGUUUCCAUCCGAAAUACAGGGUAGGCAGGGACUCCAUUUCACGGAAUUACUGAGAUUUCUCAGUUGUAAGACAUGAUGUCAUCUGCACGCCUCCUGGAAUUCUCUAGUGGGAUUGCCAAAGAACAAAUGGAGAAAAAAGCUUGACUUCCUUGCAUUUUUCUAUCUUCCACCACCCUUGGCCCACCCUCUUUUUCUAAAGAUCCUCUGGCAUUUCAGAGCUCACUAUGCCGCCCCUCCACCACCACCUUGGUUUCUAGGGAGCAGGGCUAGGCCUGCAACUCACCCAUCCCCCACUCUGCCUGGUGGCCCGGGGCCUGUUCUGAGAGAAAGCCCCUCACUCUGCCUGGGCUGUUGGCCAAGCAGCCUUGGAUGAUGAAGUCAGUGAGUGCGGGGGUGAGGGUGAGCUCACUCAGAGUCCCCAGAGGAAGCCCUCCAGCCUGUGCCCUCCCCCCACACAGGGUGGGAGCCCCAGCCUGUUCCUGGCAGCUGUGACUGCAGCUGUGCUGCUGCUCCUCCAGGAAUGUGUCACAGGCCCAAGCGUUCCAAAGAGAUAUCCCAUGCGGCGGCUUAGAGGCGCUAACUUAGUUCUGCAUGUUGCCUCAAACUAUACAAAGUCCUCUAAAAUCAGGACUCCAUAUGGUCCAGGUGGGAAGGGCCAAGCUGUGUGUCCCUGAAACCACGGCAUCUCCAGGCAGUGAGAUAGCAGGGCCGGGAGUCUGUGCGGGCCAGUCUUUGAGACGUGCUUCCUGAAUGUCUCUGUUGUGAACACAGGCUUCUGCUGUGCU